UAAACUUUGCCAAAGCCUUCAUUCGUGCCAUUUAUGUAGAUAUUUAGUCAAUGAAGUAUACUUAUAUUCCUCGGUUAUAAGAGCUGCAGUGUCGCAUUGGAUUGGAUUGGGUUUUUUUGGUAAAAAAUAAUAAGUAUACUUGGUACUGCGGAAAUGAGAAUAUUUCAAUGCGUAAGUGGUUAUAGAUGAUUAUGUAAGAUUUUAAACAAAAGAAAAUUGUGUAGCCCUCAGUAAAAAAAACACAGUAUAGUAUUGUUUUCGGUUAUUUGAGUAUGUGUGGGGGAGUUUUGUAGAGCUAAGGAAUGUUGACUCGAUGGAGGAUCGUUCAGUAUUAGAGUUGAAAGAAGACCGAGGAAAAUUAUAUGCCAAUAAGAUAUAUUUGUGACAGGAUUUUCUUAGCAUUGAUCGUACGACCUCACGUGCCACGGCUGCCAGAACAUACUACGAUUAGAGCAAGAUCUUUUUUCUAGCGCCGUCGUGGUCAAGAUCGAGAGAUCUUCAGGGGGAUAGUAAGGGAAAAUCGUGUUGGCUUUGGAUUUGUGUUGGCCAUUUCUUAACUGGGUCAGUUUUUGAUAGAAAUUCCUGUUGGGCUUUUUAGAUUUGUGUUGGGUCUUUCUUAGCUGGGUCUGUUUUUGAUCAAAAACUGACCCGGUUAAGAAAGACCAACACAAUUCAGAAGCCCUGUUUACUGAUAAUUAAAAGCAGAGUUCCCUCCCCUUUCUAAACCCCAAAACACAACAGCUUCCCAUCCCUCUCCGUUCUCUGCUACUGCAACACCUGCCCCUUACCCCUUGUUCUCUGCAGUCCUCCUCUCAUCACUACGACCGCGGCGGCGUCCCCUGCGACGCCGUCGGCGUCCUUUAUCUCCCUUUUUUUUUUGUUGCACAUCUUGCAACUCUUUUUCCUCUUUUAUUUCUUUCACAACUCUGUAAUCUCUUAUUUUGUAAUUAGUCUUUUGAGGUUAAGUAUUAAGUCUUGUGAGUACUUGUGAACUUAGUUUUUUGUGUUACUUUAUGAACUUAGUACUUGGUUGUUAUUAACUUCUUACAUAAUGAUGGAUACGAAAUAUUAAUUAAAUUGGUUGAAUGUUGUGAUUUAUUAGUUAUUUUGUCUAUGAAUUAUAAUUUGUAUGCUUUUAUGGGUGUUCGGUAGGAUUUUACAUGUCGAGUUACAAUCUUUCAUUGCAUACCGAUCAUACUUUGCGUGUGUUUGGAUCAGCUUCUUUUCACCGCCACCACACGUUUGGAUAGCAGUUUGCCGUGAAAACCUGAAGUCACAAAGUGUAGCUUCUAUGCUACCGUGACUUUUCACCGUGCUUUUUCAAUUUCUGCCGCCAAACCAAACAUAGCAUUAAGAUCUCGUGUUUGACUACAUUGGUAUUUCCUCAAAUAACAUGGUCUGUUAUCCUUUGUAUUACUAUUAAUCCUAGCUCUGAAGUAUCCGAUACUAUUGCAUUUUUUUACGAACUAGUGUAAAUUGAAGAUUAGCUACAACAAUUGUAUAUUAACUUUGAAGGUCUGCCCAAAAUCUCGUGCCUUCGUAAAGAAUUUGCAACUUGUGCCCUCAUAAAGAAUUUGCAACUUAUUGAAGUCCAUUUGGCAUUGCUUUUCUGCACGCUGUUCUGCAUUUCAGAUGAUAGUCAUUAUUAUAUAAAUAUAUCAAUUAGUACCCGUUUCUAUCAUGCUGCUAAUUUCCCCAUGCCUAAAAAUACCUGCUACUUGUAUUUUAAUGAAUUUAGCUGCCAUAUUUUGGAUAAGAGUGUAAGACUACAAUCGUGGAUCAAACUGUGCACUGAUGAAUAUUGAAUAUGCUUUUCAACAUCUCCUGUCUGUAAGUGACAGGAUCAAUUAGAUUUAACUGUGAAGUUCGUGGCUCUAAUUCAUUUAAAGUUUUCUGUAAUCAAUUUUAGGAUUGGAUGUGUGGUUUAUACUCAUAUAAGUUGGCUUGCUUAAUGCAUUUACCAAUUACCAUUUCAGAAAAAAACUUAUAAACAUAUUCAUAAACACCCUGCUUAAGCUCACGUGUUCCUUUCUUGCAGAUAUCCUAGUAUUGAUAAGGUAGUUAAAGACUGAACCACUUUUCCUUGCAUAAUUAAAAAAUAAUGUUUCCUUCAUAGUUUAUAGAAAUAUAUCUCAGGAUGUCUGCAUAGUUAAAGAAUGGAUGCUCAUCUUUGUUUCCUCACAGUCAAUAUGGGUAAAAAUCUACUGAUUUACUAGUAGGUAAUGUUCUGGAAUAUUUAACUGUUCUUGCUGAGUUUCUGGUUAAGGACAGAGAAACUGAAUUAUUUCCUCCCCCCUAAUUCGCAUGUUGAAAUAUACACAGUUGAGUUUAUAUUUUGUUAUUAAGUAGAGACUAACAAAGUGUAACUUAGUCUAGAUGAUUGAAGGGAGUAUAGCUCUAUAGAUUUCAAGAGAAUCAUGGUUAAUAUUCAACAUUCUAGCAUGGUAUCAGUUGAGCCUAGCAAUGAUCCAAUCGUAUUGCCCAACAACUCUGACCUAGUUAGUCAGUCUCACCACAUGAACACUAGAAUAAUUCUUGAGGGACUUUCUCAAGAACUUGAGUCCACUAUUUCUCUUUGUCAUAACCCAAUUUUGUCCCUCACUAUCUUUUGCUUUUCAUCUGGUAAUAAGUUUUGAGUUUCAUCUGAAAUUAUGGUGAGAGGUCCCAAGGCCAUGAUUUCAUUUCUCUGAGUCAAAUAUUGUCUUAACCAUAAGCAUGCAUGUAUGUUUAGCAUCUCUCUAACAUUAAGUCAAAUUAACAAAAUCAAAGAAUAAAAGUUAAGAGUUUGGCUUCUAUUCACAUUGCAUCGUCAUUUGCAUUUGCCUACUCAUGCAUUUUUUAGGUUGAUUUCACUUGUAAACUACUUGAAUUCCAAUUGGAGGCAAAGGUUUGUAUUUGAAUUUUGGUUCAAUUUGAUUCCUUUUGAUUAUGUUGGAACAAGGUUCUAAGGUCUUCAUUAGGUCAAGGAUUAACAUUCGAUCAAAUAGUUUUCUUUUCUUUUAGAUGCUAAAACUUGGAAGUGUGGUUUAGGUUUUAUCACUUAAGACCUCAACCUUUAGCCCACAUUUCUAAGCUUUGUUUUAAGGUUUGGUCAGUUGUCUUUAGACCAAGAAUCAUUUAUCCACUCCCCCAUGUUUACCACACUUGCUUCAUGCAACUCAGAUUAGAGAAAUCAAGAUGGAAACACAUCCUUGACAGCUUGGUUACUUAUCUAUUUACUUUUCCAGAAAGAGAUAUUGUUAUCAUCUUCAACACUGCAACUAAUAUUCUCAGUGAAUAUGCGUCUCUCCACUUCAGACAUGCCUCCCAAGUCCCUUAACUCUUCCCACCAUACGGACUGGGUUUUCUUUUUGCACUGAUCGAAUUUAGUAAAUAAAACAAGAGCAGGUUUACAAUACCUAUGGUUCAAGAUGAUGACCCAAAGAGCCUCCUUAUCCACAAAAAUUACCCACUUUCACUUUAGCAAAAGAGUUUUAUUGAAUAGACCUAUAUCCUUUACUCCAAGACCUUCAUCCUCUUUCUUGUUGCAAACAUUCUUCCAGCUUAUCUAGUGAGCAUUUCUUUUUUCUUCAGUGUUGUUCCACAAGAAAUUUUUCUGUAUGCUAGUAAUCUCUUUCACCACAUUUGAAGGAGCUUUGUAGAAAGACAUAACAUACACAGGGAUAACACUAAUGGAAACAUUCACUAAUAUCAUUCUUGCUCCCAUAUCAAUGUGCUUACCUUUCCAAAUAGAUAACCUUUUUCUCAUCUUAUUUAUUAUUGGCCCCCGCAUGCUGUAUCUCCUCGGACUGCCACCAACUUGCACUCCCAAGAACUUGAAAGGAAUUGUGUCCAACUUGCACGCCAAGAAAGUUGACGCUGUUUGUAAAAAACCAUCCCUGACAUUAACACCUUACAAAUUGCUUUUGUUAUCGACCCUGUUUUAGACUCAAAGAUUCUAAGGACAACCUUCAAAAUCCAUAAGUUACCCCAAGAACUUCUUCCCAUUAUUAAGGUGUCGUCCGCAAAUUAUAUAAGAUCGAAAGAUGUUGCUUCGCUAACUUAAAAACCUUUAAAGGAUCCAACCUCCCCUGCUCUCCUCAUGAGAACCAAUAGACGCACCUUCCAUAGUUAUAACAAAGAAAAAAAAGGGACACAGGAUCCCCCUGUCUCAGUCCCUUGCUAACUUCAAAUUCCUCCGCUGCACUUCCAUUAACCAAAAUUGACAUUGAGCUUUUAAAAACAGUCGCCUCCAUCCAUGAUUUCCACCUGGCCCCAAAACCCAUUGAGUUCAUAACUUCCCUGGUAUAAAAGUUGUUUGGUUCUUGGAGACCAGUUUGUCAACCACCUUCCUUAAUCUAUUGGCCUAAAUCUUGGCAAAAAUCUUGUAUAUGCAUCCAAUUUAGGUGUGUAAUCACUCAAGACUUAAGGGUUUUUCCUUUUGGUAUUAAGGUGAUAAAAGAAGACGUCACUACCUUUGGAAUCUUGGUAUAAGCAUGGAAUUCCUUCACAAAUAUAUUAACAUCCUCCCUCAAUACAUCCCAACACUUCUUUAAGAAUUCAAAAUUGUAUCCAUCCGGACCUAGACUUCGAUUUCCAUCACAUUUCCACGCCACCUCCUUGAUUUCUUCGUCUGAAAAAGGUUUGUACUCUCUUCCACGAACAAACUAUGUAGAAAAAGAAUAUUAAUAUUAAUCCUUAAGACCUUAUAUCUCUUCUCUACCACCUCCUUGCAACUAAUAUCAACGGAAUCCUCUAAUACAGUGUUAAGGUCAUUUAAAUCAGAGACAAAAGUACCAACCUUCAAAUCCUGCCAGCUAAAAAUUUUCGUAUUCCACCAUUUUAGCCCCCCUUUCAAAGCUUUAAGUUUUUCCUUGAGGACAUAAGCCCCUUCUCUGAGAUCUCAAAAGAAUUCCAUUCCGAUUUAACAAAAUUGAAGAAAUCUUUGUGACCAAACCAAUGAUUAUUGAAUUUGAAAGGCUUAGGACCCCAACCAACCGGGGCAAUAAUCCGAGAUAUCCCUCUUUCCAACCAACUGCCCUAUGAUCUUCUAAGAAUUCACCGUGUUAUCAGAUAAGAGAAACAUAUCAAAUCUGCUCAUUACACACCUAAUGAGUCACAGAAAGUUCAUUCUUCCUCAUUUGUUCCCUAUAAACUACUAGCCAUAUCACUAUAAAAGAACCUAACUUUGUUUAUUGAAAAAAAAAAAAACAAAGAUCAGAAUUUCCUGAACGAAUAAUGUGAGCAAUCCUCUUUCUCUUGACUCGAUUGCCACCUCCUCUUAUGUGGAAGGAUACUAUAUUAUAGUAUUAUUAAAAAUAUACAAACUGUGGAGGGAGUUCAAUUCUAAAUUUGUAGCACUUCAUUUAGCCCAUAAAAUACUUCACAGAACAAAAUAAAGUCCUCCUCUAAAUAAUUCCUCUAUUUUAUAUAGGAACUAAAAUUGACUUUUUCCUCUGAUAAUAAGAAAAAUAAAAAUGCCACUCCCCUCUCCUCCAACUAAACACCAACUAAACUCCAACUAAAGACACACUUAGUCCUCUCCGUCCCACGGCACCACAACAACAACCACUAACCGUCCCUAUCAAACCUGGUCGUUUCCUCAAACUUCCCGCCAUGUCCCACAUCGCCACGUCAUUACACAUCCCCAACAACAAUAACCGCCGCCACAAUUUCGCAUCUCCACAGUCUCUCUCCGACUGGCUCAAACCUCGUUUACCCUCCAACUCCUUCGCAUCCUGGGGUGUAAACCCCGGCACCAAGAACGUCCACAAUCUCUGGCUCGAACUUUCUCAGGGAGAAACCUCCCUCGAUGAUUCCAAUCCCCCAGUUCGAACCGUUCAGGUUGUUAAGGUUCUGAUUACCGGUAAAGAUGGAAAGUUUCUGUUGGAGUCGCACCAUGAAUUGUCCAACGGCAAAGUGAGCCAGCGGAAUAGGCCCUUAACGGAAAAGAUGAAGCCCAACGAGGUUCCAGAAUCCACCGCCCUUAGAGAGAUCAGGGAAGAGCUUGGCUCCAUGCUCGUUGUUGGGUCAAACGCUGUGACGAUUGAUCGGAAUUCGUAUGAGAUGAGGGUGGAAGAGAGGGAUUCAGAGACUUAUCCUGGUUUGCUUGGUUGCUACGUUUUCCAUACUUUUUAUGCUACGGUUGAGGGUUUGCCAGAGGGUGAUUUUUGCUCUCAUGAGGUUGAUGAGUAUGCUGAUUCCGACGACAAGAAAGUUGCACACAAAGCUGUUUCUGUUAAGAAACAUUAUUGGAAAUGGGUCAGUGCUGAUUCUAUUCAACCUUGAUGUGUUUUUUUUUUCUUUCAUAUGACUGAGAAUUGUAAAGUAAAUAUACUUUUGUAGUAAAAAGGAUAUAUACAUGUGUAUCAUUAAUUUUAGAGGAGUGCUAUAUUUACACUCCAAUUGUAACACCUUAGUACACCGUAGCAUUUAACUCUCACUUUCAAUUGCACAAGUUUUAAGUUUGAUUAAAAUAAUAAAUAAAAAUAAAACAGUAUGCAUUAUCGUAUGAAUAUACGAUGUAUAUGUCAAUUUCAGGUGUAUACAUAUCAUUUCUCUUAAUUUUAACCGUGUAUUUGUCAUAAUGUUACAUGUGUAUCAUAAAUCCUCAGGGAUUUCAUCGAAUUCCGCUUGACAUUAGAUUUUAUUCUUAAGAGAUUGACUUUGACAUAUUUAAUCUCCUAAGCAUAACAACGUGAUCAUACCUUCAAAUGAAAAAUUUACCUCAUAGUGUUAUCAUCAUCAAAAUCAUUUAGGUCAUCCGACUAUUAUAAACUUUAUACUUGCAAGCACAUAGAUCCAUAUUCUCCCUCUUUUUGAUGAUUAUAACACAUCUCUUAGGGAGGUGGACAAACAAACAAAUAACUAUAAAAGUUUGGAGUUGUUAAACUCCCCCUGAAAAAUAUAGAGACUAUACCCUACUUCCCUUGAGAUUAUAAUUCUCCCUAUUUAGCAUGAUCAAAAAGGCGAUAAAAAGAUAAACAUACAUGGAAUACAUCAAAGCACAUAGAUCAUAUAUAUUAAAUAAAACAUAGAAAAAUUAAAAUAUUCAUUAAUUAUACAGAGAAAUUCAAGAAGCAUGAAGAAACAAAUAAAGCAGAAGCAAGAAAAUCAUGCAAGCAAACGGGUGAAAACUACUCCAUGUCCUUAUCAUCAUCCCUAAACAACUAUGAUGGAAGUUGUAUCUGAGAGAGAUGUCUAGAAGUUGAUCUUUUUGUUAGUCCUUUUAUUGUAAAGUGCCCUUUCUCGCUCAAUAAUAUUUUGUUGCAAAGUUCCAUUUCUCAAACUUCAACAACUCUCAUCCGCUGUGACACAUGAAGUAGAACUUCAAUGAGGGUAUGGUAUGGAUUUAAAAUUUUAAUGCAUCGUCCUUUAUUUUUAAUUACUAAAAACUUAUUCUUUUAAAAAAUUAUUAGAUAUUUUAUAUUAUAGAAUUUAUAAUUUAAAUAGUUAAAAUAGAAUAUUUACAACAACAACAACCAAGCCUUAUCCCAUUAAGUGAAUUAGGCUACAUGAAUCAACUUAUACCAUAAUGAUCUAUUCAGGAUCAUACUUCUGUCCAAAUAGUUAAUUUCAAAAUCUUUCUUAAUAAUUUCUCUUAUAGUCUUUCUAAGUCUCCCUCUUCCUCCAGUUGUUUGACUUCUCUUCAUAUGAUCUACUCUCAUCACCACAAAAUCUACAGGUCUUCUCUCUACAUGCUCAAACCACCUAAGUCUAUUUCUCACCAUCUUCUCUACUAUAAGCGUCACCCUAACAUUCUCUUUAAUAAUUUCAUUUCUAAUUCUAUCCUGCAUAGUUUUACCACACAUCCAUGUAACAUCCUCUUCUCUUCAAUAAUUAUUGUUAGUUCCAUAGUUUUAGGGUUGGCAACAAUUUUUCUAAAACUUGGUUCAUGACAGAUGCUGAGCAAGAUGUCGUAACAUCUUGAUCAUACUAAUACAAUAGAGUUUGAGCUUACAUUGAAGACAAAUGUUCUAACAAAUGUCAUGAUAUUCUGAACCAGAACAUCAGUACAUGCUGUUUUAAAUCUUGACAAAUUUGAUUUGAUUUUC